UUUGUUUGUCUUUUAAUUUCCUUUAAUAGCAUUUCUCACCGACCUGUUACUUCAAAUUCCCAAUUGCUUCUCACUAUAGCCUGUUUUAGAUUCCCUUCACCGGUAAUCUUUCGCCGGAACUUAGAUCUACAGCCGCCGCGAUAUCCGCCGGCUCUCACAUCGCCGUUUUCAGAGAAAUGUAUAACAAUGUUGGACCUCAGCCUGGGGUUCCAAGGCCGCCAACAAAUCCUCAGCCGAAUCCAUUUGGGAAUGCGUUUUAUGGAGCUGGUUCUGGACUUAUUAGAGGUGGACUUGGUGCUUAUGGAGAGAAAAUUCUUGGAUCCAGCUCCGAAUAUGUACAAAGCAAUAUUGGGUGCAUUACCUACAUGGAAUCUACAGCUGAAGCAGAGUUUGCUGCAUUUCUAAAAAAAAUAGAGCGGACAGUUUAUGUUGACAACCUCUCACCACAUGUUACUGAACCUGUCUUAAGAACUGCUUUAAAUCAGUUUGGAACCGUCAUGGAUGUAAAGUUCAUUCCAAACUACUUAGAACCUAAGUAUAGCACCUGUUGUGCUUUGGUGGAGAUGAAGGAGGUCAAGCAAGCUGUUGCUGUCAUCCAAGAGAUAGAACAAUUUCCUUUUAUGGUGUCUGGGAUGCCAAGGCCUGUGAGGGCACGUGCUGCUGAAGUUGAGAUGUUUGAUGACCGCCCAGUGAAGCCUGGUAGAAAGAUACAGUGCCGUUGGCUAGACCCAAGUCACCCUCACUUUGAGGUUGCGGAAAAACUGAAACGCCUUACCUGGAAGCAUGCUGCUGAAGCUUCAUUCUUGCUCAAGCGACAGGUGGAAAGGGAAGAGAAGCUACAUAAGCAGCAGCUGGAGACUCUAAAAUCAAAUUAUAGGAAGUAUGAGAUGAUAGAAAGCAUUAUGAGUGAUCGAUCUGCUCAAAAGUUGGCUCGCAGUUAUAACAUGAGAGUUGGGGAUGAUUGGUAGAUGUUUAGUUGCAAAUAUUAUAGCUUAACAGAAUGAAAAGUGCAUCAUCAUGCUAGUUGUUCAUACGCUUUUGAAGUGGAGAAUAUAUUUGCUUCAGUUAGGAAUCUGGACAUGCAUUUACCAGUAAAUGCUGUAAAAGAAAAGGCAGGGCCAACCGCUGAAUAGAGAGAUGCUCAAUCACUGGCACUGCCCACGUAAUAUCUCCUGAACUGAGGUGCUUGAGUUUAAAUCCAACACCCUGGAGUAAGGGUGGUCACAGACCGAAUUGUUGGUCAUUUUUUAAAAUCUAACCAGAUGUAUUAAUUUAUAAAUUUAUUUUUAAAAAUCUAACUAUAUAUAUUAAUUUAUAAA